UAAAGAGAGGCUGUUUACCCGAAGAGCAUAACAAGGGCAGGUCUGACUGCAAGGCUGGGAACGAGAGGCAGAGCCGCCACCAAGGGGACCCCGGUUGGACCCUGGUUGGUCACCUGCAGGACGAAGGAAGUGAGGAUGCUGUUGGCCUGGCUGCAAACAAUCCUUGUCAGCAACAUGCUCCUGGCAGAAGUCUACGGAUCUGGAGGAGCUUGCAGCUCCAUCUUUGCCAUUAAGAACAAAGGCUGCUUCUGGGACCACGGCCACCUGUACCGGGCGGACCAGCCCUCCCCCGCGCCGGGCCUCCGCUGCCUCAACUGGCUGGACGCGCAGAGCGGCCUGGCAUCCGCCCCCGAGUCGGGCGCCGGCAACCACAGCUACUGCCGGAACCCGGACCAGGACCCGCGCGGGCCCUGGUGCUACGUCAGCGGCGAGGCCGGCGCUCCCGAGAAACGGCUUUGCCAGGACCUGCGCUGCCAAGAGACCACUUCCCAGGGCCCGCCAACCUCCACAACAGAAACAGAGGAGGCUUCUGAAGGUGGAGGAGAUGAGGUGCAGGGGUUUGCUCCUGCCAACGCCCUGCCUGCCCGGAGCGAGGCCGCUGCUGUGCAGCCAGUGAUUGGGAUCAGCCAGCGGGUGCGGGUGAACUCCAAGGAGAAAAAGGACCUGGGAACCCUGGGGUAUGUGCUGGGCAUUACUAUGAUGGUGAUCAUCGUUGGCAUUGGAGCUGGCAUCGUCCUCGGUUACACCUACAAGAGGGGCAAGGACCUGAAGGAGCAGCGUGAGCAGAAGGCGUGUGAGAGGGAGAUGCAGCGAAUCACCCUUCCCUUGUCUGCCUUCACCAACCCCACCUGUGAGAUCGUGGAUGAGAAGACUGUCGUGGUCCACGCCAGCCAGACUCCAGUUGACCUUCAGGAGGGCAGUGCUCCCCUCAUGGGCCAGGCGGGCACUCCAGGUGCCUGAGCCCCCCACGAUGGGGAGCAGCCCAUGCAGACAGUGGUGCAGGACCACCUACCCCCCUACAGCUGGGAGGAUCUACACUUUUUGUUGUGGUUAAAACUCCCUACUUUUUUUAAAAUUUGUUUUUGGUGAAUCCUAAGAGAGAAGCAGGUGGCACUGUGAGCUGAGAGUGAGGCUGGGUAGGGUCCUGCCAAUGCUCUUUCUCUGUCCCAUGGAGCAGGAUUUUGCCUGUGGAUGGAGACAGCGGUCGCCCCUGCAGCAGUGCUGCUGACGGGGGCUUCCUGUGCCCCAGAACUGAACCAGGGGCGGAUAGGAGCUCCCCUGGCUCCUCUGUGCUUUAUCGUCCAGGAUGGCCUCAGCCUCCACCUUCCCGUGUGUUCUCCGUGGGCUUGAGUGGCGCACACUGUUAUUCACAGCGCAGGUCACGUAGGUCCAGAGGCAACACUUAAAAAAUAUAUUUAGUUUUUUAAAUAUUUGGGAUGCAAUUCCCGACUGACCUCUGAGAAAUGAAAAUGAGUCUGUAGGAAAGUCAGAACUGUGGGUUGAGAACAGGCUAGGGAGGGGGCUGCUGGCAGUGAUGUGCCUUUACAACCGUGGGCCGAGUCCGGGCCCAGGGACUCUUCCUAUUUUGAAAGGAAAGGAAGGGAAGACUCGCACUGAACAUUCCACUUAGGAAGAGGGUAGAGAAGGAUCUGCAGCGGCCUCAGGCCACAGGACCCGAGUGGGCCUUGGGUGCCCCAGAUGGUCUCUCUUCAGGGUGGACAGUGACCUCUCUUCAUCCUUCAGGGGUGAAACAGCAGCUGACCUACGGGAAUGACACUGUGGGUGGGGCCUUGUGAGCUGCUUAAGAGGUUAACCUGGAGACCCACUCGGAGGCAGGGUGAUGGAGGGCUCAGGGCUGGCCCCUGCCACCGCCCGAAUCUGCAGGGAGCUCUUUGGCCUGCAGGUCAGCACUUCCUGCGGGGCAGUAGGGUGAGGGUCAUAACCCUUAACUUGUAAAACAAUCACAGAACCACUGGAAGGGACUUUAGAGUUCCUGAAGCCUUUUGGACAGAGGAGCCAGAAGGGGAAAGUGAUGCUCAGGGUCGUAGAGGAAGCUACCGGCAUGGCCAGCCCCAAGACCCUGAUGUCACCCUCAUAGGCCUUAGCACUGCUUCCCAUCCACAGAGCUUCCUUCCCAAAGCCCUGCCCCUGCCCCACGUGGAGAGCGGGGUUAGUGGGGCCUGGUCUCUCUGACAGGCUGCUCCCGGAAGUGAUUUGCUGAGGCCUUGGGGAUGGGGGGGGGGGGGUCCCUUUUUGGUAGUGAUGCAGAAGAAAACAUUACUGGUUUCUACUUUUCUAUAAAAGCGUUUCUCUGUGUACGUGUUUUAUAUACCUCAUUCUGACACCUGCAUAUAAAAUGCAGGAAAUUGCUCUGCAUUUGACUUAUAUAAAUAAAUUAAAAAAA